ACUACCUGUUCGCUGUCUCAUUUCCUUCCUCCGUGCGGCUCACUGUUUCUUUCUUUCGUCGCUCCAGAGAUGCCUCCCCCUUCCUCUUCCUCAUGCCGCAUCCCUCUUCCUCUUCCUCCCUCGUGCCGCACUCCCCUUCCUCCCUCUUCAUCUGCUUUUUCCUCCAGGGAUCCCACUCCGGCAAAAGAUCGCCGCCCUGGUGGUCAGUGCCUCCUCGUCGGCGUCGGCGUCGUUUAGGGUUCCUUCAAGGUCGGGGUCGUCUAGGGUUCCAUCAAGCUCCGUCAAGUUCGUCAUCUUCAAGAAGUAUUCCAUCGGUACAGCAGAGAGAGGACAAGGGGCUCAUCAAGGCACGCGGUGCUAGGAACUUCCAUUCGACGGCCCCACUGCUUAUUCGACAUCCUAUUUCAAAACAGUCGUGGAAAUUUAUAUACAACAUUAAGCAGCAAACUUCAAGGUUUUGUUUGCUGCCACAUUCGGAAAUUCUAGUUCUUUCAAGAUAGGAAACUUUGAAUCAAGAUUUGUACCAGCUCCCAAGGUCAAUUUCAGGUAUGACUCAGGAAUUUUCCUUCUUCAGUAUGUUAGCAAGUACAAAGGUCUCGGAUUGGAGGGGUUCUCUAAUGAUGAUUUACAAGCUCUACGUCAAAAUUCCUUUUUGAGAUUGUAACUUGCAAGGACAAUGAAAUUCAGCUGCCCUGAGUAACUUCUUUCCUGCAGAGACAUGGUCUCAUUAAUAUUGUCACCUUCAAGGGAAGUUGCACUGCAAGAUUCAACUCAAAGGAAUACUUCCAUGGGAAAAAUGUUUCCUUAUCGAUAGAGCUAUCUUUUUUUCUCUUGCUGGUCUAGUGAUAGUUUCUUCCAAGACCUUCAGCUGUAAACAAUGUCUGAAAACAGCUGAAGCAGUUUUAUAAACGAGCAGUAAGACAUGUACAUUUUUUUGUCUUUCAUGACGCCUUGGUGAUACUAUCAUCACUCAAUUUCAUCAAGCUGUAAGCUUACCACUUUUAUGACAGUUUUAGAAUUACCACUUUGUAACAAAUGUAAAAUGAAAUUUCAUGUUUUUUUUAUAAUUAAAAACUAGUUGAAUCAAUAGGAACAGCACCUGGGUUCAGAAAUAGGAAUCGAUUUCUUUGGGAAACAGUAGAAACAGCACCUGGGUUCAGAAAUAGAAACCGAUUUCUUUGGGAAACAGUAAAAACAGUUGUUUAGUUUAUAAAAGGAAAACAGCAGGUACGGCAAAACAGUGGAACAAAUUUUUAAAACAGCGAAACAGCAGGUACAGCGAAACAGUGGAACAGCUUCACGAAGUAGGAACAGCGAAACGGUAGAAACAGUUCAAACUCAGGGAAACGCGCGCCUCGCGGCCGACAAAGCCCGCCAAUCAGCUGCUUUUGUGCGAAGCCACACCUAGUUGACGCAGAAUGCGUCACAUAGGAGCUCUCGGAGCUCUCCUCGCUGAAUGCGAGAUAUAGCUCCCGCGCGAAUAUCCUGAUAUGAAAGGUAUGCUGGACCUUGAUGGGCCAAAUUUAGACGCAGGCUUGGCAGAAGGAAAUCACACCACAGCGAUUUGAGUUUCUCAAAAAACAAAACAGCUAUUUGAAGAUAAGGCAGCAGCAAAAGCAACAUCCUCUUGGUCGCAUACCUUCUGUCGCGGAAGCUCCCACGCUGGAUCGCGCAUGGACGCCGGCGAGCUGGAGGUCUUCGACGCCGGCCGUUGCACCGACGGAUAUCAGCUGGGCCUCGCCGUGGGGCAGCGAUUCAGCGAGACGAUCAGGAGCAGGAUGCAAGUGGACCUCUUCCUGCAGGAGCAGCUGCUGCCGUUCGCGUCCACGGCGGCGGGCAAGCAGCUCCUCGCCGCUCUCCAGGCCACCAACAGGGAGAGGUACCCCCGGUACUGGGACGAGCUGGUGGGCAUGGCGGACGGCAGUGGGGUUCCUCUCCUGCACGUGAUUCUGGUCAACCUGAGGAAGGAGAUUCGUCCGUUCAUCCCAAAGAAGGACCACGAACGGAGAGAGGAGGAGGACGACGACUGCUCCGACAUCCUGAUGGUGAGCGAGUCGACGGCGUUCGCGGCGCACAACGAAGACGCCAACGUCGCGCUGCUCGGCCACACCUACGUGGUGAAGGCGACGUCGCCGGACGGCGCAUCCUCCUUCACCGCCUACACCUACGCCGGCGAGCUCCCGACCUGCGCCUUCGGGUUCAACAGCAACGGAGUGGUACGUGUACUGUACGCCCCCCUCAGACCAGCCAGACGCACGCGACUGGACUGUCACGAUCCUUGCUGCAUUUCGACAUGUUCAGGCCUUCACGCUCGACUCGGUUCCGCCGGCGAUCGGCGAGGUCGCCGCGGGGGCCAUCGCCCUGAACUUCGUGUCGCGGGACCUGCUGGAGGCGAGAGACCUCGACGACGCGAUGCACAGGGUGUGCUCGCCGGGCGUCUCGAUCGGGCACUGCUACAACCUGAUGGGCGUCAGAGCCCGGCGCAUCGUCACCGUCGAGACCGCCUCCCGGAACCGGUUCGCCGUCCACGAGACCGGCCCGGUGCCUUCCUUCCACGCGAACAUGUACCGCCAUCUCCAAGUGGAGCAGGUGCAGGACGAGAACUCCAUGAGCAGGGAGAGGAGAGCGGCGCAGUGCGCGAUGGACUCCAAGGAGAAGGCGCUCGCGGUGCUCGGAGACACGGCCGACGACAAGUACCCGAUCUUUAUGACAGGGCCAACGCUGUAUACUCUAUGCACCGUCUUGGUUGAUCUCGACGAGGAGACGAUGACCAUUUACAGGGGAAAUCCCAAGAACAGAGAUGCCGUUCGAGUAGUUCUUCCUAUGAUGUGAACUUCUAAUAACUAGAUUGGCUUAGUCCUCGUCGCUGAGAAAUUGGCCAGUAUCCCUUAUUGCUACAGUAGUAUUAUGAUUGUAAUUCAAAAGAUUGGUUCAGAUUUU